AUGGCGGACAGCAUAAACAACGAUGCGCUCGUGCGCUCAGAAGACCCCAACCACCCCGCAAACCUCAUCUGCAGCCUCUGCAGGAACUUCUACGACCAUGGCUGGGUAACCGGCACCGGCGGCGGCAUCUCCAUCCGCCACGCCGACCACGUCUUCCUCGCGCCCUCCGGCGUACAGAAGGAGCGCCUAGCGCCCGAAAACAUGUUUGUCAUGGACUUCACCACCAAAGAGUACAUUCGGCGACCACUGGAGCUCAAGCCAUCAGCAUGCACACCGCUGUUCAUGGCGGCUUUCACGAAGCGCGGUGCGGGAGCGUGCAUCCACACGCACUCGCAGGCGGCGGUGCUGUGCACGCUUAUUAGCCGUGGGCGUACCUUCUCGAUUGCGAAUAUUGAGCAGAUCAAGGCGAUACCGAAGCCGAGUACGGGAGGGUAUUGCGGGUAUUUUGAUACAUUGACGAUACCGAUUAUUGAGAAUACGGCGCAUGAGGAGGAUCUGAGGGAUAGCUUGGAGCAGGCCAUGAAUGAAUAUCCAGACACAUGCGCGGUGCUUGUUAGGAGACAUGGAGUUUAUGUGUGGGGUGACACUGUCUGGAAAGCCAAAACACAGUGUGAAAGUCUUGAUUAUCUUUUCCAGCUCGCUGUCGAGAUGCACAAGCUCGGACUGGAUCCAGCAGGCCCCAUUACACCCGUUGAGGAGUAG